UUUAUCGGUGCUUGUUGAAUUUUGCAUUUUAAGUUUGAAUUAUAGGUUAAAAUUUGCCCAAUGAUAUAUGUGUAUCUUGUAAAUUAAACUUGAACUUAAUUUAAAAUGUCUCGAUCUGUACGCGCAGAGACUAGAAAUCGUGUCAAAGAUGACAUCAAAAGAGUCAUGCAAGCUGUUGAAAAAGUUCGCCAUUGGGAAAAAAAAUGGGUAACGAUCGGUGAAACUACAAUGAAAAUUUAUAAAUGGGUCCCAAUAUCCACUAAUGAACAGAAAAAGAAGCACGCAGCGAAACGGGAGAACAAGGAGAACACAUUGACGCCUAAGAAGAUGCACGAUUCUUCUAACUCCAAUUUCGGAUUGGCAGAAGACUCAAAUACAUGUUUUUCAACAGUGAGUGAUUCCCAGGGUCCAACAGAAUUCACCUCAACGCAUAUGAACUUUUCUGAAGACUCAAAUUCUCAGAGCAGUGGCACCACAACACCAGCGAAACGGUUAAAAACUGAUUGAGUCAAACAAAGGAAAAGGGAUAUAUAAGUCCUGAUAAUGAAAAGACUAAUUCAAUCUGACUAAUUAUAUUGUGACUAUUAUAUAGUGAAGUGCUGUGAAUUUGCUUGCAUUUGUGAUUUAUAUGCAUAUAUGUACAGGUACAGACAAUGGUGUGACAAUAGUGUGGCAUAGCUGUUAAAAUAAAGACCAUAGACAAACUAACUUUUAUUACCUUCAUAAUUAAAAAAAAAUCUUUAAUCAAUUUAAAAAACUACAAUGUCAUGACAGUUUAGAUGUAGGGAUGACCCUACUGAUGAAUUUGCCACAGAAUUCAGAUGGGCCAUAUGCUUGUUUGCCAAUGUCAUAGCAUAAAAAAAAACUUUGUAUACCCUUUUUUUUUAAUACAGUUGAAUAUCACACACCUAGUAUAAUAUUGUAUUAUUUAAAAAAAUACAAACUUAGGCAAAGCCACUUUAGUUUUAUCUUUAAAGUCUAAUUUUAAAUAUUCAAUAUUUUUAGUUAAUUCAUUAUUGUACUAGGUGUGUGAUAAAUUACUUUUUUGCACAGAUAUAAUAUGCUUCUACCCAUGAGAUAUUGGGAGUUUACAAAAAUGUUUAUAAAACAUAGUAAAUAUCUUGCUACAGAAUGUGUACAAUAGUAUUCUAUUUUUUAUAAGUAAUUAAUAUUAAUAUAUAUUUGCAAUAUGUAUAAGUCAUAUAAAAUUUUUAUUCUAAUUAAUUUUAUAUUUAUACAACAUACAUAGGCAUGAAGUAAAGAUUUAUUACCAUAAAAUGAUUAUUGUGCCUAUCUUAUUUUUAAAUGACAUUAAAUGAAAAACAAUACUAAGAUUGUUUACUCCUUAUCUCAGAUAAACAAACAGAAUAGAAAAUCCUAAUUAUACUCUAAUUAUAGAGAAAAUCACUGUUCAAUUUCACUCAGUACUUAGUGUCUAGAUUAGUGUACAACUGGUAUGGUAGUACCUUAAUAAAGUUUAUGAAUUGUAUUUUGUACUGAAUUGUUUACAAAAUGGAAUGUAUAUAAGUUACACAUAUAAAUUAUUUAAAAGAAUCGUCUGGAUAUAUACUGUUUUAUAUGAUGCAUAUUAGCAAAAGGUUAAUAUUAAAAAUGUUUGAAAUACUCCAUUGUCGGUGAGAUGUAACACUUCAGACGCUGCCUCAUACUUUUAUAAACUAGAAUUUUAAUAUUAUGAACUAUGGGUUUCAGGUUUUUAAAUAGCAAUUAGUACCUAUUUUAGGAAAUAUUUGCGGAAAACCAAUCUAUGGUUCAUAAAAUACUAUAAUUGCUAUCAUAGAUUAUUUCAUAAAAUACUUAUAACUUAUUAUUUUAUUUAAUUAUCUAGACUUACACCAAUCACUAAUGUUUUAAUUACAUUUUUAAUUUAAUUACAAACUGGAAUUGUAUAAAUCAAUACACUAAUUUUUAGAACAGUGAGUUCACUCCAAUAUGCCUGUGAAGAUACUACAUCUUCUAUGCUUUUAAAAUCUUGGCUGCAUAUUAUAAUAGGUUUUGCUUUACACACAUAGUUGAAAUGUUACGUUGGGUAUGGAAAUAGAAGUCCAUUUCACAUUUACAUUUUUACCAAUAUAUAAAUUGUUCUCUACAUGCAUAGUUGAAAUAUGACUAAAUAGAAGUUCAUUUUACAUUUUUAUCGCCAUGUAAAUUGUAUAAACCCAGCUCUCAUCGAUUCCAUAGUGAAUACGUAGUUAUCACAGGGUUACCAAUGCAGUUUACAAAACCCUAAUUCAUGGCCCUGUAUAGAUGGUAAUUAAAUUUUAAAAAGACCUAAUUCAGGAGGCAUUUCUUCAACGGCCUAUUAUCGUUGCUUGCGAUAUACGAAGCUGUAUCUAUGUUAUUCUAUAUCUAUGUAGUGUGAAAUGUAUGAAUUUUUAAUUUUGCAAAUGAAAUAAUUUUGUAAAUAUAAUGAAAUUGUAAUGUGACUUAAUUACUUUAUUAUUUAACUGUAAGUUUCUGUAUCAUGAAAAGGGGAACUGAAUGUUACUUCAUUCCAGCUUUUAUGAUAUUUUUCAAAUUCUCACGGGAAUGGCAGAUAAUGUGUUCAGGCAAGCUAAUACAUAAGUAACAGUUAUAUUUUGUCCCAUCGAACUUAAUUUGGGUAUGUAAUAUUAUGUUAUCUGUGAUUUGGGCUUUGUCUGGUUUCGGCGCAAUUUAGAGUUUGAUUCA